AUGCAGGUAUACCAACAUAUGUUAUAUGCCUAAUUGUUACAUUUACAUUUCUCUCUUAGGAAGAUAUGAUUGAGCUCAUAAGGGAAGCAGUAUGUGUGUUUUGGAACGAGGAGUUCAAGCAAUGGAGCAGAGAUGGUUGCCAGGUUGUUUCUACAGACGUUUCAGGAAAUGUUGAAUGUUCUUGCACUCAUACGACGAUAUUUGGAAUACUCUUACCUACUGAAUUAAAAGAUGAUAUUGACUUGUAUUCCAUCAUGCUUCGAGUUGUGACUUAUUCAACCGGACUAUUCUCAAUAGUUUCUUUAAUUGCUGUUGCGUUCAUAAUGUUUCACAAACAAAAACAACAAAAUCCAUUCGACGUGGAGCGUACGUCUGUGAUGAAAAAUCUAAUUGCCGUGUCGUUUUUGAUGACGUGUUCAUAUUUGAGUACUCUUGAGCUAGGGGAAAUAACGCUGGCAUGCAUCAUAGCCGGCGUGGUGUUGGAGUACUUGUACAUAGCCAUGGUAAUGUGGAUCUUCAUAGAUGUUUUCAACAUAUUCACAAAACUUCACAACCUUAGAUGUAAACGUUGCAUAUACUAUCACCUUGCCAUAGGCUGGGGAUUCUCCGCUUUCGUUGCACUUUUGUUCUUUGGAACCUACCGUGGAUACGAUGAUUCGGAUGGGUGUUGGACAAACAUGGAAGUUGGCGUAAUUGCAGCAUUCGCAACACCGACUUUUCUUAUUUUGUUGGCAUCGAUAAUUAUGCUACUAGUAUGUCUUACUUGGAAAACAAAGCUGAAAGGAAAACAAAGAGAAAGCUACAUUAUACAAACAAAAUGCAUUUCAAGAGGAAUAUGCGUGCUGUUGCCCAUGUUUUUGACAACGUGGACACUGUCAGUACAAGUAUCUGAAGGCUCUGAAGGUUCUACUUAUAGAAUGUUGUUUUUUGGCAUGUUUGCACUUCACGGGGCCUUUAUUGCUGCUUAUUGCUAUUACAAUUUCAGAUACAGAUCAGAAAAAGAUGCAAGCUCAGGUUCUUCAGACAGUGAUUCAUCUGAUGAUGAUAAUGUUGCUAAUGAGAACGAUGACAAUGAUGUUGAUCAAGAUAAAUAA